AUGACUAUCGCCACCCCCAUCAACCUCACCCUCCUCUCUCUCGUCGGUGUGCUGCUGUACUGGCACUUCCGCCCCAAGCAGCCCACUACGCUCCCGCGCGCCCCCGCCCCGAUCGUAUUCCGCACCUAUACCCCCAAGACACUGAUCGAGUUCAACGGUGAGAAUGACCGGCCGGUCUUCCUGGCAGUGCGGGGCCGUGUCUUCGAUGUGUCCCCGGGUAGACACUUCUACGGUCCGGGUGGCCCAUACGAGAACUUCGCCGGUCGGGAUGCCUCGCGCGGAUUGGCUCACCAGAGCUUCGAUGAGGAUAUGCUGACCAAGGAUCUAUCCGCGCCGUUGGAUACGCUCGAGGAUCUGGACGCCGACCCGCUUGAGAAUUUGCAGUCGUGGGAGGAACGCUUCAACGAGAAGUACCUGGUAGUUGGAAAGCUGGUUGCCGAGGGUGACCCUGAGGCACCCGCGUCAUGA